GGCAUAUUGAUACGUGUCGGCGGGGUGAGCCACGACUCGCUACGCUUUGCCAGUCUUGCAUACGCGGCCGCGUUCGUGCGCUUGAUGAGAGGGUACUUUGCAACGGUGUCGAUUCACGGGAUCCUGUGAGGGAAGAUCACUCGAUCCGCGGUGCUUAGGACAGUCGUGUCAACGCAGACAAGAUGGGAUUCAAAUUUCUCGAGGUGAUAAAGCCAUUCUGCAGUAUACUGCCGGAAAUAGCGAAGCCGCAACGGAAGAUCCAAUUCAGAGAAAAAGUAUUAUGGACAGCGAUCACAUUAUUUAUCUUCUUAGUAUGUUGUCAGAUUCCAUUGUUCGGAAUCAUGUCUUCAGACAGUGCGGAUCCAUUUUAUUGGAUUCGUGUGAUACUUGCAUCAAACAGAGGAACUCUCAUGGAAUUAGGUAUCUCGCCGAUCGUUACUUCGGGUCUUAUUAUGCAACUGCUUCACGGCGCAAAGAUUAUUGAAGUCGGCGAUACACCAAAAGAUAGAGCAUUAUUCAAUGGCGCGCAGAAAUUGUUUGGCAUGGUUAUUACCGUUGGACAAGCUAUUGUUUAUGUGAUGACCGGAAUGUAUGGAGAUCCGACUGAAAUUGGAGCUGGUGUCUGUCUCCUGAUUAUCAUUCAAUUGUUCGUCGCUGGACUCAUUGUAUUAUUAUUGGACGAGCUUCUUCAGAAAGGAUAUGGAUUGGGAAGUGGAAUAUCUCUCUUUAUUGCCACUAAUAUUUGCGAGACCAUUGUCUGGAAAGCAUUCUCGCCAGCCACAGUUAACACAGGACGUGGAACAGAAUUUGAAGGAGCCGUAAUCGCGUUAUUCCAUUUGCUGGCCACCAGACAGGAUAAAGUUCGAGCCCUUCGAGAAGCGUUCUACAGACAGAAUCUUCCAAAUCUGAUGAAUCUUCUUGCCACCAUUCUAGUGUUCGCUAUCGUUAUUUACUUCCAGGGCUUCCGUGUAGAUCUUCCGAUCAAAUCCGCCAGAUACCGCGGCCAGUAUAGCAGCUAUCCAAUCAAACUGUUUUACACCAGCAAUAUUCCGAUUAUUCUGCAAUCGGCUUUGGUGUCCAACUUAUACGUCAUUUCUCAGAUGCUAGCCGUCAAGUUUCAAGGAAAUCUUAUAGUGAAUCUGUUAGGUGUUUGGUCGGACGUCGGUGGCGGAGGGCCUGCCAGAUCAUAUCCAGUUGGCGGAUUAUGUUAUUAUUUAUCACCUCCUGAAUCAGUCGGCCACAUCGUUCAAGAUCCUGUUCACGCCGUGCUCUACAUUCUCUUCAUGCUUGGCUCAUGCGCUUUCUUCUCCAAGACGUGGAUUGAGGUCUCUGGCAGCUCGGCAAAAGACGUUGCUAAACAACUGAGAGAACAGCAGAUGGUAAUGCGAGGCCACAGAGAUAAUUCCAUGAUUCGCGAAUUAAAUCGAUACAUCCCUACCGCCGCGGCAUUCGGUGGACUAUGUAUUGGAGCUCUCUCCGUAUUAGCAGACUUCUUGGGCGCGAUUGGUUCUGGUACCGGUAUCUUGCUUGCUGUCACAAUCAUAUACCAAUACUUCGAGAUCUUUGUGAAGGAGCAAAGUGAAAUGGGUGGCAUGAGCACGUUACUCUUCUAAACUUAAUUCAUCUAUAGACUUGAAAAGUGAACUUUUUUAAUUCUGAAGAACUGAGUAAAAUAAUUUAUUGUAAAGUAAGAGAGUUGGAUUGGCAACUGUGUGUUUAUGUCGGAGCUCAUAGAAUGAUAGACACCGGCGCCAAACGAAAGUUCCCCGUUGUUAUGCAUAAAGUCGCACAUAUUUAACUUAUCAUUGGUAUAUAUUGUUGAUUCUCUGCUCAAAAGAUUAUAUUGCCGAUGACAAUUCUGAAAAAAGUCUAUGUGCUUCUUUUACGCAGACUAUAUUAACGUGACCAUUGACACAUACUUUGAUAUACAUUCAAAUGGUAUACAUUGAUAUACUUUCAAAUUUGUUCUAACAAUUCUAUUUUACAUUAAAUUUAUAAGAGCUUUGUUUAUGUAAUAUCGAGAAAAA